AUGUCUGCCACCAUUGAGGAAGUCCACUCCGACCACUCUGACCACGAGGGUCACGACCACGACCACGACCACGGCCACGAGGAGGACCCGACUAGCCAGGCGGCGCUCGACAAGAUCCAGUCCCGCUCGGAGCGCAAGGCGAGGAAGGCUCUUCUCACCCUUGGCCUCAAGAAGGUCCCUGGCAUCACCCGUGUGACCCUUCGCAGGCCAAAGAAUGUCCUCUUCGUGAUCGCGAAUCCGGAUGUGUACAAGUCACCCAACAGCGACUGCUACAUCGUCUUUGGUGAGGCGAAGAUCGAGGACAUGAACUCGCAGGCUCAGCUUUCGGCUGCUCAGCAGCUCGCGAGCGGUGCGGGCGCGGGUGUCCCCAAUAUCCAGAACUCCGGUGUGGGCGGUGGCGACGAUGACGACGACGACAUCCCUGAGCUCGAGGCGGUCGAGGAGGAUGGCACCGUUGAUGAGUCCGGCGUUGACCCGAAGGACAUCGAGCUCGUCAUCCAACAGGUUGGCUGCUCUCGUGCAAAAGCCGUCCGUGUACUCAAGGAGAGUGGAGGCGAUCUGAUCAAUGCCAUUAUGGCUGCGAGCGAGUGA